UUGCGCGGACGCGUCACACGUCACGGACCCUCAGACAGUACUGUGUUAUCUUGAAGUAGCGAGUUGUGCGGUUUUGCUUAUCAUUUCUCCCAUCCAUCGGACAUGAUAUCGAUAACUUCUUUUGACUGUGACCAUAGUCAGCGAGCUCUAAUAAGCACCAGUGUUGCAGCCUGUGUAAAAGGAACUUGGAUCAUCGCCCAAAACAUUAAUUUAGCUGGCCUUUGUCUGUUGUCUAUGGAUAAGGCCAGCAAAGCAUUGAAAAGGAGUAGUGUUCGUUUGAAGUCCUUAAGUGGAGGACACGGAAAUUUACGGAUGGUUAUUGCCCAGCUUCGUGAUGUACGAUCAUCUGCAAAAGCAUUUAUGCAUGUUCAAACUACGGCUUCAGAAGAUCUAGUAAAAUGGGCAUCCAAAAAUGAAAAUCAAGCCAUCCAAGACACAUUUGCACAACUUUUUGAACUCAAUACAUUAUGGGCGGAAGUACAAAAGGAAUUCACUGAAAGCCUGAAAGGCUUUAUUCAUCAGUUUGAAUUGAUAUUGGAAGGAGAACAGCAUGUUGAUGUGGGAAGAAAUCAUCUUCAGGCAAUUGAACAGCGAGAACAGAAGUUGGAAAAGGAUCUAGUGAAAGCUCAACGUAGACACAUUCCUGGAGCAGAUGUUAAUCAUAUACAGAGAAAGUUGGCUGAAGAAAAGCAGGCAAAACAAGUGGCCCAGCAAGAAGUCAUGACCCGCAUCCAAGAAAACGAGGCUGUGAAAAUGAUUCGUGUCAAAGAAGGACUGCUGCAACUCUCUGAAUCCUAUCUUCAGUUGGCUCGGAAAUGUCAUGUUGUAUUUGAAGCUCAUCGAGAUGUAGCCCAGCAAAUCCCUGAUGCUCAGAAUAGAAAUAUUCAUGAGAUUCAAUAUGAAGGUUGUGUAGCAGCACAGCAGUCUGUAACUCGAGCACGAGAACAGUUGCGACAAGGAACACCAAAUCGAGUGCAACCUUGUGCACCAAUUCCAGAUGAACCCCCACCUCCAUAUUCAGCAUCUCAAAGCCCUGUUGUGGGAUCUGCUCAUACUAGCAUGGAAUUAAGGUAUAGCAGUUCUCCAAGUACCCUUGUGGAAGGCGCUGAUGUUCGGUGGUCUGCUGGAUACGAAGAUGAAGUAGCAGGCUCCAUGGAAAAACUUAAAACUUAAUUAUCUUAAGAAAAGUUGUAAACAACUAUAAGCACUUUACAAAAAGGGAUUGUCAUUCAAGUUCGCAGUACUGUUUAGGAUGGUCAUUAAUUGAUCUGUGUUGCAAUUUAUCCAAGUCAUCUGGGUUUUUAGCACAAGUCUUUUGUUUUAUUUUAAGCUAUCUUAUUUAUAAAUAUAUAUAUAUUUAAUCGCACAAGUUACUCCAAAGAAAUUCAGUCACUAUUACUCACCUAGAAAAUGAAAGAACAUCUUGACCAUGGUAGAAACAUACAUUGAAGGGUUAUGCUGCCUGCCCAUAUGGCAAUAAUGCAGCACGUUUCAUAAGUUUAAAGUUCAAAGUAAUAUCGAGUUAAAUAUUCGGACUAUUGUAAGUUUCCUAAGAUUUUCACCAUUGAGGAACCAGUUUUCAAUUCUUUCAUUAAGUUUAGAAAAAAUUCAAACAGACGAGGAAAAACUGAUAUUUUUUAGAAAUAUUCAUGGCUUCAAUAUGAAUGUUAAACAUAAGUAUAUCUAAAUAUGUUAUUUGUUCUAUCGUAUAUUUUAAAUUAAUAUGAAAUCCUUAGCUGCUAAGCCAUUAUUAUGGACUGUGAUUCUGAAAUGAGAAUUUCACUUUUCUUUUUUUAUCUGCCAGUGAUUUAUUAUCACUAGUCUAUACUUGGACAAGAGCAGUAUGAAGAUAGUAGUUAGGUCUCUUUAUGUGGAAUUUGUGAUGAAUGAAAUGUGUAAGUUUUGCUGGGUUCUCUAUUCCUCAUGUUACGUUUCAAUGCAUCAUUACUCAAUGGAUUGUUGGUUACCAGUUUUUGGUGUCAGUAAUUAUUGAUGCUAAUGGUAUCUAUUCAAGACAUGUUACAUAAAGGUAAUAAUGAAUUACCGCCAAGUUAAAAAUUCAGGGGAGAUUGGUACAUAUUUGAGCAAGUGAUGCUACAUACAAAUUUAAAUGUUCAGUUUGGAAAAACAUUUUACAACCAAAAGGUACCAUUUUCUGUAGAUGCUUAUUUAUGUCACCUUCUUUCCCUUAAAUCUGUUAAAGAAACCAGAGGUGAAGUGAAAAAGUGCAUUUAUUUUCCUUCUCUCUCUCAUAUACUGUAACAAAAACUCAAGUAAAUCAUUUGACUAGCUCUUGCAUAUUUAUCCUAAGAAACUUUAACCAUUUUUUCAUAUUCUUAAAAAUCAAAAUUUUCCUGAAAUCAAUGGCAAAGGCUCCUAACAGUAUUUUUAAAGGUGUGUGUUAUUAAAUCCAUGUGAGCAGAUAUCUUAUUUUUAAAGUUUGAAAUUCCUAGUUCGUUUGAGAAGGUUGGUUUGCUUCUCCUAUUAGUUGUUUUCCAAAAUGGGACUGCAAUUAAGAACGGGCAAUAAGUCAUUAAGAACUCAAGAACUCCAAAAUAAGAUCAUGCUUCUGAAUUUUUGGAGUGAAAAUUUACACGGAAUAUUAUUGUAAGACUUGAUUUUAAAGAAGCGUUGCAAUGAUCUUUUUUACUGUAAUGCCUAAGGGAGUUAAAUACAUACCUCAAAGUUUACACUUGCAUCCUUCGUAUGACUUCCAAUUAAACUUUGUCUUCAAAAUUUCUUAAUAUUAUUCAUCACAGAUCAGGCUUUGCAUGAGGAAAAUCUGAGAUUUAUUGUAGUUGUCAAGAAAAAUAGUAAUGUUUGAGGCAGUUGUCUGUUCCUAUAGUAUAGAUAGUGUUUGCGGUAUGGGAAAAUUUAAAACUGAAUCUACCUAGGGGAAGUAGGAAUGCAUAGUCAGCAGUUGUUGAGACUUGUACCAUUGCCAACUUUAGAAUUGGUACCUUGAUAUCAUUGGAAAUAUGUGUAUUUCUGCUGUUUUUUGUUUUUCUUUCUUUUGUUGCACUUGCACAGUUAUAUUAAGAUUUUAAAAAAUGUGUACUGACUAAGAAAAAUGAACUUAGUUUCCUGUACAAAUUCUAAACAACUUAUAAUAUUCUCAUCUUAUUUAAGAAUUGUAUUACAUUAAAGCUUCUACAAUAUAUGUUGUUUUAGGGUCUAUGUAUGUACUACUAUCAUAGGAGUAACUACUAUAGUGAAAGAAGUCUUUUGGAAGUAUUACUUUAAAAUGAAACCUAAUUUUAAUUCUUUAGUCCUUUAGUGAUUGACAUGUUGAAUCAAUUUGCCCUUUAAGAUUACAUUCUAAUUUUUCCAGUUUAUCCAUUAUCAUUCCAAUUAUUUUAGGAUCUCUUGUUGCAUUCAAUAUUUCAGUGAAGAUCUUAGUUCUCUUAUAAAUUUAUUGUAAGAAAUCAUAAUUCAAAAAAUUACUAAUCAACACUUGCUAAUAAAGAUUAUAACUAGUAAUUAUCACUAAAUUUUGAAGAUGUUAAAGGCAAGUUGUUUUCUCUGAAAAUUUUUAAUGAUCAAAUGGUGGUGUCCUAGAUUUUAAAGAACAAUUGAGUCCUUUAUUUCAGAAACCCGUCAAACACCAAAAUCUAAAGCAUGCAUUAGCUGCUGAUUAUUGUUCCAAAGGGAUAGACACUUCGUUUAGUGCAUAAUUGUAUGAAAAAUAUUCAUUUACACAUGCUUUAAUAAAUAAAAAUAUUUUGAAAAUGGAUAAAUUAAGAGACUUGUUCUCAGUUUUCUCGAAAUGAGGAAUUUGGCAUUUGAUGGGUUUCUGAAAUACAUUAUUCAAUUGAUUUUGCUCCUGUAAUGCUUCCAGUUGUGUGUAGCAGUAGGUUGAAUAUAUUUUAUUUCAAAAAGGUUCAAGAUGUACAUAAAAUGUCCUGUAAAUAUCAAUCACAGUGUCAUGCCAAAUUUAUUAGUCUUUGCUGGUCAAUAUUAUUUUCAAUGAAGAAAAGCAUGAAAUGUUCAAAUUUUUAAAAUUCAUCAGCUUUUAUGCAAAGGAUACUUUCAUUUAGGUGUAGGUAAUACGAUUUAUAUUGUCAUAUACUAGCUGAUAUUUGUACAGUUUCAAGAUCCUCUGAAAUCCAAUUUGAGAAAUUAAUGUGCCAUGGAAUGUUUCCUUCCAAUUUGUGAUUAAAAUUAAGUUUGAAAUAUCGCUAAAUAAGUGUGUAUCAUGUCAGAUGAAAAGUAAAACGUGUUCUAUUAAUUGUAAAUUGUUAUUUUAAAAAUUUAUUUGAUUACAGGAACUAAGAGAUCAAGUCUUCCAACUGAAAGUUAUUUUGUUUGUGCCUUUGAAAUUAUUCAAUUUAAAAUGUGUUGAAUAAGAUUGGCUAGUUUCAAGCAGUAAUUCUUUUAAACGACAAAAAUUGAAAGAGAAAUGAAAUUAAUAACUUCAAUAUUUGUACGUCAAUAUAAAUUUUUCAUACACUCUAUGAAGUUCCUAAUACAUGUUUAAUAAUGGGGUCCUCGUAAUGGCUCUCUUGUGUCAUCUACAGACUGAAUAAACAUUUUACUGAUUUGGUUUCAUAAGAAGUACAUACUAGAUGAAUGUAGAUUGCAAUCUUGUGGAGAAAAAAAAUAGGCUGACCUAAAUAUUAGCUAAUUUGUAUAAUUACAAUAUAUCUACUAGUUGUGUUUCUACGGGACUUAAUAAUCAAACCCAAAUAUCUGCCAAUACACAUUGGAAUUGGUAUGUUUUUAAACAAAUGUUGACUGUGCAUUGUUUAAAUCAGUAUUACAAAAAUUCUUAAUUAGGAAUAAUAUAUACAUAUUCUAUGGUGUUCAUAGAUAGGUUUUUGCAUGCUGCAAAGUGAUGCAGAUUUGAAUGUUGUCUUAUGCUGGUGCUUUUAUAUAAUUCAGAAAAAUUGCAUUGUGCCUGAUCUCAAAGAAUCCAAAAAAUGGAAAGUGAUUUGUUUGAUAAUAAGUAGACCAUCGUUAAUCAAAAUUGUUCAUGAAUAAAUAAUAGGCUAGUCAAACAAGUUGCCAAAUUCCUUUUUUCUUGCUUUUGUAUUCUUCUUAACUGCAGUGACAGUGAAGCAGAGUAAAAAUAAUUAUUAGCAAAGUGAGGUAAUUAAAGUAGAAUGUGUCAUAUUUGUGUGUAGCUUCUUUCAGAGAAAUAAUUUUAACUACAAAAGCACAUUGUAAAUAUGUUUUAUAAGAAAGUGUCGCUUCUACAAAUUACCUCUGCAUUUGCAAUUAAAAUAGGAUUUUUAAAAUACCUUAGUUUUAUUAUUUUGCACACAAUUGUAUAUUGAUGUAUUGCAGUAUGUUGAUUGAUAAAAAAUAACUAUACAAAAACUCAUUCAAUUCACAAUAAUGGCGUUUAAGACUGAUUAACGAUAACUAAGAAUUUUGUUAUUCGGAUUUUUACAUCAAUGCAUUUGAAGCAAAUUGUGAUUAAUUAGCUCUCCAAACAAUUACUUGUAGUCCAAGAGUUUGUAAAACUUUUCUUUUUUUUUAAGAAUUUGGUAAUGAAGUACAUUAAUUAUAAUUUAUUGUGAACUGUUGAGUAUACUUCCAGCAUGUUUGACAGGGACCAUUGUUGUCAAAUGUAUUAUUAGCACAAAUUAUUUUUUUAAAUAGAAGUUGGCACUUCUUUCACAUCAUGUGAGGUGUACAAACACAGAAAACAUUUUUACAUGCCAGAGAUGCAUUUUGUCCUGGUUAUAUUUUGCCUAACAAACUUUUGUUCAAUUAAUAGUUUUAGGUUAGUAUGAAAAUGUAAUCAGUACUAACCAUUUAAGUUUGACAAAAAGCAUUACUAUUGAAGAGUAGAUUGAAAUGACCAUAAAACUGGAUUAUUUGUGUAUUUCAAUGUAAUUGAUGAGAAAAUAAAUGGUCCUGUGAAAGUUUUUUCAACAUUUUCAUUAAGAUGUACACUGGUUUCAUAUGAGACCUACUUCAAAUAUUAUGAUUCAUAAAAACAGCUGUAGCAUUCUAUUUACAAGUGUAUAUAUAUGUUAAAUGUUGCUACUGCAAUUGGUGCUGCUCCUUGCUAUUCUUAUUGCUCUUUAUCAUCAUUAUUGUACUCAUAUUUUUUUAUUUUCUCAGUAUUUGUGAAUGUUGUCUUCACGAGACCUGAUGUUGGCUUAUUUCCUAACCAAGAAGCAAAAAUGUAUUUGAGGCAUUUUUGAUAUCUAAUCAGUAAGUUGAGCCAUUCCAUGUUGAGCGCACAUUCAGUUACUUAGAAUAUUUUUUUUUAUGAGUAUUGUAGCUAUUUUAACGAACAUUUUGUGAUGCAUUGAUGACCAGACUUUUUUGGUAGUUAUGAUAUGUUCCUCAUUACAAAACACUUUGUAAUACAUGUGACUAACCUACCAAAGAAAUGGCCUCAAAAAAAAUUAUUUCAGUGGGGAAAUGCAUUAACAGAAAAGGGGUUGUUCAAAUGUUCAUUGGUUUGUGGAUGUUGGACAAAAAGAUUACACAAAUGUUUGUGACAGUAUAAUGAAGAUUUAAAAUAAAAGCCAGGAGAUGAGCAUUCUUGUGUUUUGAUUUCA